UUUUUUCUUUUUUUCCCCUCUCUCCCACAGUCUUUUCUUUUUGUUCUGAUUUUUCUCUUCCAACAUGAUUCAUAAAGCAACAUGUAUUAAAAUAAAUAAAUAAAAUUUUUAAAUGUGGGUCACAAAAAAGGAGAAUGGACUUACCCAUUUAAGAAUCCCCAUAUGAAUCUUUCCUCUUGUUUUUGUUAGUCAACCAAUCAACAACUAUUUUUAAGCACUUACUAUGUACCAAACAUUGUGAUAAAUGUUGAGAGUGCAAGAAAAAAAAAAUUUCCUUACCCUCAAGGUGCUUAUAGUCUAAGGGAGGAGACCAUAUGUCAAUAACUAUGUUCACACAAAACAUGUGUAUUGGGGUAAUCUCAAAGGGAAGAUAUUGGCAAGGGAAGGGAGGAGGAAAAGCAAAGGCUUCUCUCAAAAAAUAAGAUUUAAUAAGAAUGGGGCAGGUGAGGGAGGAAGGGAGAAUAUUCAAAACUCAAAAAAUGUUUAAUGAAUUUUUAGAAGUGUUUUUAUAUGUAAUUUGGAAAAAUUAAAAAAAAAAAAGAUGAGAUUUGAGCUGAAUCUUGAAGGAAGCUGGAUUAACUAGGAGGCAGAGCAUUCUAAGCAUGAAGAUGGUGUAUUAUAUAGAAGGAGGGAAGACGCAGUGAAGGAAGGAAGGAGAGGAAAAAUAGAAAAAAAGGGAAGAGAAAAGGAGAAAACAGGAGGGAAAGGGUGGAGAGGGAGAGAGGAAAGAGAUGGAGUAACAGAAACAGAGAGAGACAGAGACAAAGCAGGAGGAGAAAGGCAGGCAUUGAGGAGAGAGGGGGGAAAUGACGAGGUUAUGGAGAAAUAAAGGCAAGAUUUUAGACAGAAGCUAGUCCCAUCUUUACAAUUAAAAGAGAAUGCUAGAACAUUCCCAAAGGGGAUGGACUUGAAAUCUGUGCACUUGAGUUUUGAGAAACGAAACUGAAACAUUUCUGCAAAAAUCCAGGAAGUAUUCCACUUUUGUAAAGAUAUACUUUAGCGCAAAGGCCAGUCAUUUGUUGUGUUUAAGCAGAGGACAAUCAUUUAAAAAAAAAAAAAAAUUAACGAGAAAACAUGACAUCUUUUUCUUUAGGAGCCCAGGAGACAAGCCACAGCCAUGCUAAACUCUCUGUAAUUCAACAAAAUGGCUUUUUGGGUUUUUUAAGUUUUUGAGCCAGAAGGUGCCCAGAAGUCGGGGAUCCUGAUAGAAUCAUCCACUAGCAGACUAUUGAAUAUUAUCUUGAACUGUCCUGGGCAUGUUACCACUGGAUGCUUCUUGCUAGCAGGCUUUGUAAAUGUGAAGUGGGAUACAGGAAUUAAAAAUACACAUAUUAAGAUGGAUGAACAACUGACUCUGCCUGAAAACACAGAUGACUGGACAAUUGAAGAUGUUUAUCAGUGGGUUACAGGAAAACUUAAGCUUAAUCCAGAAUAUGGGGAGAUCUUGAAAAAGGAAGAAGUAAAUGGAAUGAGUUUAAAACGAUCUGUUAAACAAGAUCUUAUUGACAUGGGCAUAAAACAUGGACCUGCCCUCCAAAUAAUAAAUAUGUUUAAGGAAUUAAAUCCUGAAUGUUUUAAGCAGACAUUGGGAGAAAAAGAUGGUCAAAAAACUGAAGACCAGUGUGUAACACAGGAGAAAAAUAGAAAAGGCAAAAGGAAUCAAACAGACCCAAAGAUAGAUACCAACACUAAAUCCAAGGAAGUCUAUGAGUCAUCAGAGACCAAGCCUUCUAAAGAAACUGAAAACCACCCCCAAGAAACAGAGGAUGAUCUGCCAUACACAGGGCGGCCAUGUUCACCAUAUCCUUUUGACAACUUCCAUAAAAGCUUUCGUUACAAAGAGCAUGAUGUCAUUAUCCAACCUGAAACGGGAUCACUCAAUCUCAUCGAUCCAGCCCAUGAGUUUAAGGCUCUGACUGAGACAGAGGGAGCUACAAGGAAAGACAUUUAUAUGAAAUUUAGCAACGAAGUCUUUCGAUUUGCUUCAGCCUGCAUGAAUUGUCGCACCAAUGGCACUAUCCAUUUUGGAGUAAAGGACAAACCUCAUGGAGAAAUUGUUGGGGUGAAAGUCACUAAUGAAGAUAAAAAUAAAUUUACUGAACACUUCUAUAAGAAGAUUGAAGACUAUUUCGGUAAGGAGGGAGUUGAGGAAGCAAAGGAAUGCAUUAGACCACCAAGGUUUGUGGAAGUCUUACUGAAGAACAAUAUCGCAUCAGAUAGAUUUGUUAUUGAAGUAGACAUCAUUCCAAAACACUCCAUUUGUGUAAAAAAAUAUUUCCCAAUUAAGAUGCAAACUUUAGAAAAUAAUAAAUGGGAGAAAAAUGCUGAAUUCUCUCUAUUUCUGAGGGAUGGUGCUAGUUCUAAAGACAUCUAUGCUAAUGCAAAGCAAAAGGAUAGACAACUGAAAGAAUUUUUGACAAAUUUAGACUCACGAGAUGAAUCCAGAAAAGCAGCAGAAGACUAUCGACCAAAGGAAAGAAAAAUAGAAUGUGAGGGACAGAAGCUGACUCAUCUUCUCACAAGAGACCAAGACUUAGAUAAUUCUUACUAUGACUGGUACAUUCUGGUGGUAAAUAAGAGUCACCCAAAUCAAAUUGAGCACUUGGACUUCCUAAAGGAAAUUAGAUGGCUUGCUGUGUUGGAGUUUGAUCCUGAAUCUUUGAAGAAUGGGGUUGCUGAAGCUUACAGAAUGACCCGAGCAGCUAAUCUUCACUUUCCAAGUCAAUACCAAGACAAUACAACCUCAGUUACUGAAAAAAUUGAAAAUCUGAAUCUUUUUAAGCAACCCAGCUGGAUCUUCUGCAAUGGCAGGUCAGAUAUUAACAAAGAAGAAUAUCAACCUUUAGAACUUAGUUUAUGGUUUAAAAAGAGAGCCACUACAGUCCGGAAAGUAAUUUCAUUCCUUACAUGUGAAGACGUGAUGCAACCUGAAAGGUUUUUAGUAGUUUUUCUAUUGCUGUCUCCAGUCGAGGAUCCCAAAGAUCCUUUAAUUGAGACAUUUUCUACUUUCUACCAAGAGUUAGGAGGAAUGGAUGACAUACUGUCUAUCUCAGUAGAUCCACAAAUAGGUUCACAAUGGAAAGAUCUUUUGCAAGUCAGAUUCUCAACUACUGACCUUACAAACAGAUGUGUUACUACUUUAAAUCUUGAACAGUUAAAUGGCACUAUCCUUACACUAAAACCUCAGACUGAAUCUCCUUCAAGAUUUUUGCCAUCAAAUGGUUCUUCUAUUAUUCUUCAGAAGAAAGAUGAAGACCGUAUGACAGCAUUGAGAAUCCUCUGUGUAAAUGAAUGCAAAGGUACAGACAAGGAGAAAGAUAAAGUAAAAUUUGCUGAAUUUCAAAAAUCCAAAGAGAAACAUUUUUACCUAGGUGGAAAAGUUUCAUGGUGGAAUUUCUAUUUUUCCUCUGAAAACUAUUCUUUACCUUUUAUCAAAAGGGAUAGUUAUCAAAAACUUGAAGAGAUGAUACAAUCUUUAGCGAUUUCCCCUAGAGAAUCUUGUGCAGAAGUGAUCAAUUUGUAUCAUCAUCCAGGCUGUGGAGGGACCACAUUAGCAAUGCAUGUCCUCUGGGAACUGAAGAAUAAAUUCCGAUGUGCUGUGUUGGAAAGCAAGACAUCUAACUUUGAAGAUAUCGCUACACAGGUGGUGACUUUACUCACUUAUUGCUCAGACAACCAACACUACUUGCCUGUGCUCCUGCUGGUAGAUGAUUUUGAAGAGCAAGAAUCUGUGUCUGAUUUGUGCGGUCACAUUAACUUAGCUAUUGAAGAAGCUUAUAUUCCAUAUGAAACACCUUUAGUUAUAAUUCUAAAUUGCAUGAGAUCCCAGAGCCCAGAAAAGGAUGCUAAAAACCCUGACAGUGUUGCGGUGAUUAACAGACUUUCUUGCAAAGAGCAAAGGGCAUUUGAUUCCAAAUUUGAGGAAAUUGAAAAGAAGCAUCAAAACUGCAAAGACUUUUAUUCCUUUAUGAUCAUGAAGAAAAAUUUUGAUGAGAAAUACAUUGAGAACGUUGUAAAACACAUCCUGAAAGGUUUGAAUGUUUAUAGUAAAGAAGGAGAAUUAAUCUCUUUUCUGUCUCUGAUUAAUGCUUACAUUUCUGAUUCUGGCAUCUCUGUGGCACAGUGUGAGAAGUUCUUAGAAUUAAACAACCAAAGGGAAUGUAGGAACAGAAGAAGCUUGGAAGACAAAAUGGGGAAUUACUCCACAAUUCUUAUCUCUACCAGAGAGCUAGAUUGUGGGAGGAAUGAAGGAGUCCGUAUCAUUCAUCACGCAAUUGCCAGAAGCUGUUUAAAAGAACUGAAACUCACUUCUGAAAUGGCAAAGAGUGAUAUUGCACUGAAGCUACUAAAAGAAAAUGUCUUUUAUGAACCUGGAAGAAGAAGAAAUAAAUUUGUACGGAUUAUACAAUUGCUGCUGCUGAAAAGACAGAAAGAAAACACCAAAGAAGCAACAAACCCAAAGAAGGACAUAAAUACUUUAUUUUCUCCUUUCAUUAUGGAUGUCCAGAAAGAAGAAGGGAAUGAUCAGGUUCAGAAAGUCUUAUAUGAAGGAACUAUCAGAUUUGAGUAUUAUGCAUUGAUCUAUCAAACCUUAGCAAGACAUUGUUAUAUUAAUGAAAAUAAUUUUCAAGAUGCCAUUAGUUGGGCAGAGGAAGCAAAGAAGAGAAGUCCAAGAAAUUCCUUUGUCUCUGAUACACUUGGUCAAGUCUACAAAAGCCAGCUUAUCUUCCAUAAGGAUAAAAUGCAGCAAGGGAAGAUCGUAUCUCCUCAGGAACUGGCAGAUUUCCUAAAUAUAGCAGUGAAAGCUUCAAAUGCCUUCAUAGAAUCUCAAGAACACAAUGAGAACAGAGACCACGAAAAUGGGCAACCUCAUAAAUCUAAAAGGAGAGGUGGGAUGUAUAAUACAUCGUGCUACUUGGGAGAAAUAGAGGUUUGCAUGCAGGUAAUUCAGCUUUUAGAGAAAAUUCCCCUUCUUGGUGAAAGAAAUGAGUCAUCUAAAAAGCUCAUCUUCCAACUUUUUUAUGGAAAAAAUUCUCUUUUUUCAGAUCCUUCAUUUCAACAGAAUGUGUAUUAUCCAGUAAUUGAAAAGCAUAUUUUUUAUUUAAACGCUCUUCAUCAUCGUUUGAAAGAAACUUUUGCUACUCUUCAAGACUACUUUUCUCUUCUGAAAGUAAGAGACAAGGAAAGGGAAAUUGUGGAAGAAAAAAACCAUGCUAAAAUGAAAGGGUUACUCAGACAGUAUAUAAAUAUAUCCUUCAAUUCAGGAAUUAGGCAAUCAAUGAUGACAUCGUUUGGCAAAUCAAUCCCAGAGCUGAUAUGGUGGAGUGAGUUGGAAGCCUCUAAUGCAGUUAGGUUUUCUGGACUACUAAAGUAUCUCACUGAAAAUCAGAAAAAUGUAAUGGAAGACAUAGUAAAGAAGUACACAUUACUGGUAGAAAAAGCAAAUUCAACAAAGACAAGGGAAAAACAGAAUUUCAUCUUGAGCAACAUAAUUCUUAAUUGUUUGAAGCCUACUUCAAAAGUCAUACAGCCACUUGAUAAACUAAAAGAAAUGCUUCAAGAGGUUUUGCAAGAAGUAGGGCUAGAUUAUUCCUAUCCAGAGCCUUUCUUCUUAGCCACUCUCUUGUUCUGGCCAGAAAACCAGCAACUGGAUCAGAAUUCCAGACAGAUAGAAAAGUACAUCACAUCACUGAGAAAGUCCUUUAAGGAGAAAUAUGGUCAGAUGUGUUGGGCUAAACAACCAGGCACACAUUUCUACCUUGGGAAGGGCAGCGGCCUCAAUCAACUCAUUCACAGAGGAAAAAUUGAGCAGUGCUUCCCGAAUGAAUCAGAUCGAAGGGCCUUUUGGCAGCAUGGAGAUGUGUGGAGAGAAGAGAGAGUGAAAAACCUUUUGCUUCGGCUCACUGGCAGGGUUGAAAAUGAUUUGAUCUACAUAGACUACGGAACUGAAAACAAAUUGGCAAUUCCAGUACAGCCUGCCCUUCCGGGUCAGCUAAAACGGGGCCGAAGCAUAGAGAGAGUUUCUUUCUACCUGGGAUUUUCCACUGCAGGCCCAAUAGCUUAUGAUAUAAAAAACAUUUAAAUCAAGCCUGUGAAAGCUCCUAAAUGUCACAGCCAGAUAUAUAGCCCAGUUAGCUAAAAUAGCUUGCAUCUUUUAUAUAUAGCUUAUAGAGCAUAUAGCUAAGAUAGUAGCAGGGAUAUUCUGCUUUGGGGUUUUCUUGAGUUGCUUUUCCUGUAUAUUUUCACAAAAUUUAGAGCUAAAGUGAAGAAACCAUUUAAUCCAACCCUCUUACUUUACAAAUAAGGCAAAUAAAGAUCAGUAGGGAAGUGAUUUGCCUGAGAUUCAAUAGCUAGGAGGUAGCAAAGCCCAUUAAAUACAUUGAAUACAGGCCCAUUUUAUGGUGCUCCACAUUGGCUCUCCUAUCUAGCUCCCUAACUGGACUGCAAAGGCCUCCAGUACAAUUAUCAUUUCUUCAGAUUGCAGCCCAUUUUUUUUCCUGUAACCCAGAACCACAUAUAAUAUUUGCUUUACACAUAGUUGGCUCUUUCUGUUCCUUUUUAAGGUUCCCCAUGCAGGAGUUUAUAGUAUAUUUAGAAAACAAAAGACAAAAAUGAGGAGGUGGAAUUUGGGGGGAAAAUAUUGGCAAAGAGAUUAUGUAUGUAAUAACUUGAAAGACAGCAUCCACUCCAGAUCGCUUUAAUACUUUUGUAAGACUUUUCCAUAAAUAAAUUUGCAACUCAGAAAAAAAA